GGACGAAUAGCUCUCAUCGGAUAUAUGCGACUGGCCGCCUGAAAACCGUUGAAAUAGUCGGAAAAGUUUCCUGCAGUCACCAGGCUCAUUGAACAGCUGCUUGGAGAUCCUGUGUCAAAUCGCAUCUCCACCAUGAAGACGUGUUUCGCACCCUUGAUCUCCGCCGUACUGCUCAUCAAUUUAGUCUUUGCCGCCCCUACACUGUUCAGUGGCGGUCGCGCUGAUGUUCAACCCUUCGUGAAAGCCAGGGACUCGAUUGUCCCAUCUCCGGAUUUCUAUCCCUAUGAAGACGGCAAGGUGAAGAUUGAUUAA